AUGUUCUUCGGGAUGGACGAUAUGUUUGGUGGGGCUGCCGGUGGUCCCAAGAAGGACGUAGAUACCCACAAAUUCUAUGACAUACUCGGCGUUAAAAAAGACGCGACCAAAGCUGAAAUUAAGAAGGCGUACCGGAAGCUCGCGCUGAAGGAACAUCCCGACAAGGGAGGUGAUCCUGAGAAGUUCAAGGAGCUCACCCGAGCUUACGAGGUCCUCAGCGACGAGCAGAAGCGGUCGCGAUAUGACAAGUUCGGCGAGGAAGGUGUAGACCAGGAUGGUAUGGGCCCCGGUAACGCCGAGGAUAUCUUCGACAUGGUCUUCGGGGGUGGCCGCGGUCGCUCCACUGGCCCUCGAAAAGGAGAGGAUAUCUCCCAUGUAUUGGAAGUCCCCUUAGCCCAGUUCUAUAACGGUGCCACUCGCAAGCUCGCCAUCAACAGGGUCGUUAUCGACCGGUCCUCACCAAUCACCACUUGCAAUGCCUGUGAUGGUCAGGGUGUCACCAUCAAGACCGUCCGGAUGGGUCCCAUGGUCCAACAGAUGCAGUCUGCUUGUCAACAGUGUCACGGUCAAGGUCGCAGUUUCAAGACGAAGAAGUCCAAGGAGGUCAUCGAGAUUCACAUCGAGAAGGGCAUGAAGUCCGGUCAGCGGAUACCCUUCCGGGGAAUGGCCGAUGAGAGCAGCCCCGAUGUCGAGCCUGGCGACCUCAUCAUCAUCCUCAAACAGAAGGAGCAUGACGACACUGAGUUCACUCGGAAGGGCAACGAUCUGUUCAUCAGGAAGCCCAUCAGCUUGGUAGAAGCUCUUACUGGGUAUACUGCUGUUAUCACCCAUAUGGACGGUCGGAAGCUUAUCGUCCGGUCUAAGCCUGGUGACAUUAUCAAGCCUAUUGACCUGAGUUCGGAGAAGCAUUAUCUGAAGUGCAUCAAGGGCGAGGGCAUGCCUACUCAUCAGAACCCCUUCCUCUGUGGUAACCUUUUCCUCAUAUUGGACAUUGUUUUCCCCGAGUCCCUCACGCCCGAGGCCUGUGAGAUCCUCCAGGAGGUCCUCCCUACCCCCACCAACGCCCCCAUCAUCACAGAUGAGAUGGAGGAGACGUACGAGCAUCAUGAGUUGGUCGAUAUGGAUCCUAAGGAGAGCGCUGCUGCUACCGCUGGUUUCGACAAAUCUAAUGAAGCCUAUGAGGAGGAUGAGGAAGGGUCCAUGCCUGGUGGUGCUCAGAGGGUCCAGUGUGCCCAACAGUAACGACUUGAUAGAACGUUUGAUAACAGAGUAAUUUGUAGGAUAUUUUUGGAGGUCGCUAAGGAUUCCCCUGCGCGAUCCUUGCGAUUUCACCCUUUUACUCUGCUCACUGUGACGAAGUCUAAUACACUGGUCACAACACUGUCGCUGUCGCUGAGUUGUUGCUCAUCGUUAUUAUGGGGAGCCCUGUAGCGGGGUCUUCCUGUAUCAAUACUACUACUAUCAUCAUCAUUCAAAACAGCUCCAUAGUGCUACUCCUAUAGAGUGGCAGU